AUGGAAAACAAAGAGAACACAAAGUCAUCUCCAAAAUUUCAUGUGGUUUCAUAUAAUAUACAAAGCCUGGGUAAACCAGGGAAUAAUUUCAAAAACCUUGAAUCAUUUCUACAGUAUCUGAGUCGUGCCGCCGAUAAACCAGAUGUUAUUUGUUUUCAAGAAACAUUUCUUGAUGCUCAACAUUCAGAUGAAUCAAUUUCAAUCGAUGGCUAUAAAGUUUACCGCUGCGAUGAUAAUUCUCACCGAGCUGGUGUUAUUACUUAUGUACGAAAUGCUAUAAGAAGCGAAGAAAUUUUUAACGAUUCAGAUUUACAACUUCUUAUUAUUCGCGUGACAAUCGGUAAUGAAACUAUUAACGUUAGCAACUGUUAUCGUCGACAAGGAAAACGGUACAAAACAUUGCCAGAAGUACCUCGACUGACAAAAAAACGAUACAUUGAAAGGUAUACCGAAAUACAUAUAUCACUUGAGGGUGUGAAACGAUGUGUACUUGUGGGAGACUUUAAUAUCGAAACUAGCGUACAUAAUAUGCCAAAUUAUCUUAAAGAUAUGUGUAAAAAGUUGAAGGUAUCACCUAUUAUAAACAUACCAACUACUCGAAUAGGUACAAAAUGUAUCGACAAUCAGUUUUUCCCUGUUGAAUUAAUGCAAUUAAUCAUCAGCAAGAUUACUCAUGUUCUAUGGCCGAAUCCAAGCUCUCCUCAUGCGUUGAUCGACAGCCAAUAUGCUGGUUCACCGUCGGACGAUUGUUCAUCUAAAUGCACUUCUACUACACAGCCACAAUCAAAUGAUAUUCCCAAUCCAAUUUCUGAAUCUUCAUCUAAAGAGGAAGCAUUCGCAUCGUCUUCAACCGACAGUGCUUGUGAACAUACAAAUGACUCGUUAUGUCAAUCUGUGACUUUACCUACAGACUUACAAUAUGGAUCAACGAUGACGGCAAUAGCUAGGCCAUUUCCCACUCGAUUCAUAGAACCUAUUAUCGCGACAAGUCGCAUUCAGCUGAAUCCCAGAAUUUUUCCUAGCGCAAUUUAUAUCGAAGCUAUCGUAUACAUGACGCUAAAUUAUCUUAAAGAUAUGUGUGAAAAAUUGAAGGUAUCACCGACUAUAAACAUACCAAUUACUCGAAUAGGUACAAAAUGUAUCGACAAUCAGUUCUCCUCUGUUGAAUCAAUGCAAUUAAUCAUCAGCCUGAUUAUUGAUACUCCAUUGGCGAAUCCAAGCUCUCCUCUUGCGUUUAUCGACAAUCAGUUUUUCUCUGUUGAAGCAAUGCAAUUAAACAUCGGCGCGAUUACUCAUGCUCUAUGGCCGAAUCCAAGCUCUCCUCUUGCGUUAAUCGACAAUCAGUUUUUCCCUGUUGAACCAAUGCAAUUAAUCAUCAGCGCGAUUACUCAUGCUCUAUGGCCGAAUCCAAGCUCUCCUCUUGCGUUAAUCGACAAUCAGUUUUUCCCUGUUGAACCAAUGCAAUUAAUCAUCAGCGCGAUUACUCAUGCUCUAUGGCCGAAUCCAAGCUCUCCUCUUGCGUUAAUCGACAAUCAGUUUUUCCCUGUUGAAUCAAUGCAAUUAAUCAUCAGCGCGAUUACUCAUGCUCUAUGGCCGAAUCCAAGCUCUCCUCAUGCGUUGAUCGACAGCCAAUAUGCUGGUUCACCGUCGGACGAUUGUUCAUCUAAAUGCACUUCUACUACACAGCCACAAUCAAAUGAUAUUCCCAAUCCAAUUUCUGAAUCUUCAUCUAAAGAGGAAGCAUUCGCAUCGUCUUCAACCGACAGUGCUUGUGAACAUACAAAUGACUCGUUAUGUCAAUCUGUGACUUUACCUACAGACUUACAAUAUGGAUCAACGAUGACGGCAAUAGCUAGGCCAUUUCCCACUCGAUUCAUAGAACCUAUUAUCGCGACAAGUCGCAUUCAGCUGAAUCCCAGAAUUUUUCCUAGCGACCUGGAAAAAAAUUCAGUUAAUGUAAUUCAGUCAAAACAUCAUGAUAUCGAUCUACCAUCUCCUGAAGUAUCACAUGUCACAAAUCGGAAAGAUCAAUUUGUCCAGACGAAAAACUCGAUGUUAAAACUUCCGCUUACAGCUCUUAUCGAUGAUGAAAACAUAAACGUCAAUUUUGCUGAAACGACUAUAACUCGAGGCGAUGUCCAUAUCGAACCUAAAAUACUACUAUCGGCAGAUAUAGAAGACAAACAAAACAUGGUGCAACUCAAUGCCAUUUUCGAACUUGUAAACAAUCGUCAUAUCAAGGAAAAUGAGUAUAAAUCUUUUCCUAAUGAAAAUAUGGAAUUAAAAACACCACCUGUAAUGCUUGCCAAGCCGCAUGAUGUUGAUCUCGAUGCAACUAUAGAAGACACAACUCCGCGACUGUUACUUCCUGAAUAUAAACCAAAUUUUCAUCAAGAAAUUCAUGAUACACUUACAGAAAAUAAGGAUGCAUCGUUAUCGUUAUUCGACAUUUCCAAAACUGAAACAGGCAAUAGCCAAAAGUCAUUUGUUCUCGUAGAUCAUUCCGCUGAUUUACAAACUAAUCAAAUCGUUCCUUAUUCCGUACCAAAUGCUGAUGUACCUGCAAACUUUCGUACUUUAAGAAUGGUUGGUGAGCCAUUGGUAUCAUAUGAAGAAAAAUUGGGAGGACUCAUACAAACAGCGACUCUAAAGCAGUUUAUGUAUACAAAGGGACCCGGACAUGAAUCUUUGGAGGGAAGAAGUAUUAAUGUACAACAGAAUCCUCUAUAUACCAAGCAAACGUUCAAACAAGGAAGAAUGUAUAAACACGACCCGUCACCGAAUUAUCAAGAACCCGUGACUAUAUAUUCAUUAUCGCCACGAGUUAAAGCAGGAAUAAAUGCAGGAAAGAAAGCCGGGAUGUUUGCAACGGUCGAUACACUUGCGUAUGCAUUUUUUGCUACAGAUAAAGGUCGUCCCACUGUCCAACAGGGAAUCAAACGAGCUGCUGUGGCUACCAUUCAAGGUUUCAUCGAUACAGCUGUUCCUGGUGGCCAACUCAUAUCUACUGGUGUCACGGCAACUAUCAAUAACAAUUAUGAAAACUCGCUUGGGGAUUUAGGUCGUGCAUUACCAUCACUGAUUCCUGGAAACCCAAUUCGUUGGUCACGUGAAUAUACACAAGCUAAUGCACCAUUAUUUAAUAAUGAUCUACGUUCAGAUAAUGUCAAUCGUAAGGUUGUCGAUGUGACUAUACCGUUUAUCGGUAUUGUCUCGACUGGACUUUGUAAAGAUGAGGAACAAAUCAAAUUUUUUCGCAAUGGUGUCAAUACCAUCCGAGAUGCAACUAAUUAUCAAGGUCAUGUAGCUGUUGGUACUGUAUUCGAUGCAUCGAUCGGAUUUAGCUCUGGCACUGAAAUCAGUGAGCCAGGUGCCAAAAUAAUCGAAGAUGGUAUAACACAAACUACAUAUUGGGAAAAAGAAUUUAGUGGACAAUUUGGUGGGCGUCUCCGUCUAGCUGAUCGAAAAGCUGCAUCCGAUUUUGGUUCCGCUUUUAACUCAGUAUUGAAAACAACAACUGUCAAAAGUAACACCGAUAAAACUCCGAUCUUCGUGCGAAAGAAUUUACCCUUGACAUACUUCACAGAUGCGCAGGAUGAUCUACUAAAAACUCAAGAAGCUAUUCCAAGAUUACAUGAAAUAUAUGUAGACCACGAAAGAAGCGCACUUCCAAGCACUGGCCGUGUGGAAGUGGUAUUCCGAGGAAAAACAACUACUACAGAUGACAAAUCAGCUUAUGGAUAUUGGAAAGAAGGUCACAAAACGGAGAAGUUCGAUUUAUAUCGUGCGGUAGAAAAUGUUAUUUCUCGUUCUGAUCGAGACCUAUCUGAUGAAAUUGAAACAACAAUUACUCAUCAGCGAGCUGUUCAAUCUGGUGAAGAUUUACGUCAAAGUAGUGAAAUAACCGACAAAUACUUUGGUUUUUCAAGAGAAAAAGACAUAAAAGAUUAUGAGCCCGGUACACAACGUAAGAACGAAGUCUUACACGAAGAAUCGGCAGAUAAAACGCAAAUAGUUAGCAGGAAAGAUGAAAAUCCAUAUGAAGUAAAAAAAGCAGAAUCUACCAUCGGUAACAAGAAAAUGAAAUUUACUGAAAAAGUCUUAUAUAAGAAAACACAACACCUGGGAACAAGUGACAAAGUGAUUUCUACCGGAGGACAAAAAGAAACAGUGGCUACAGAACAUGAAAUACAAGGUAUUAUUCAACCUGAAGUAACCUUCACCGUUGAAGAAACACACCAACAUUUUGAGCAGACAUCACAAGAUAUCAAACUUGAUGACCCUCAUUUGAAAAGGACAAGCCGUGUAACACAGAAGUUUGGUCUCUUUACAAAAACAAUUACAGAUCAUGAAACGAUUUUGGAGAAUGGAGUUAAACCAAAAUCAGAACAAUCCACUCAUGUUACGUUAAGUGAUGGAGCGUAUAAUGGUUUAAGUUCAUUUACAACAAAUGUACUUGAUUUCUCUUUCAAUCCUGAAGUUCGAACACCACGAAAUGUUCGGAAUGCCGGACUUGACAUAUUGGUAGAAAGUGCAAAUGGAUGGGCUCAUUCAAAUGUUAUUGUGUAUCAAAAUUCUGUUCACUCAUUACUCGUCGCCAGCGCAUUCAGAAUAGGAGGAACAACCAUUAAAAUAUUUGCAUCUUCGAAUGGUGACAAUUUAAAUUUGAAAGAACUAUCCAAGAAUGUAUUAUUAGCAAGUGCACCUUCACUUGCAUCUAUAGCCGCUAGCUCAAGUUCAAGUAUUCCUAUAUCAUCAAAAACUUAUAUUGGUGAAAUAGUAAGUUUGUCCAUUCGAGCAACGCAAAUAAUACAGAGUUAUCGAAAAAACAAAAUGGAUUUAUUUGACGUAAUAAGAGCACUUUCUCGAGCAACUACAAAUGUUAUUAUCAAUUCUGGUAUACAAAGAUCUCUAGUACCUACAUUAAUUGCAUCUUUGCCGCUCACUCCGUUAGGAGGAACUGCAACUAUGGCUGCAACACAAGGUAUUCUUAAUUAUGUGGAUAUAAAUGCAGAUUUUGAUUCGUUAUCCAGUUCCGAAACGAUACCACAAGCUACAAAAAUCACCGAAGAUGGUUUCAAAGAAACAAUACAAGUUGAAAAAGAAUUUAGUAGACAAUUAGGAAUAUGGUUUCAUGUACGUAGUUUGGAUUGCUCACUACCAAUUGCCCCCGCUUUCACUCGAUCAACAAAAACUAGGACCAUGAGAAGUAAUAAUGAUGACACACCGAUCUCGACGCGAAACAAUUUGCCUUUGACACACCUUGUACAAAUGAAAGAUAAUCUUCUGAAAGAUCAACAAAUUAUCCCGAAAUCGCACGAAAAUUACGUGGAACGUGAAAUAAGAUCACUUCCGAUCAAUGGUCGAAUAGAAAUGGUAUUUCGUGAAGUGACAAAUGAUAUAGAUACUGCACAAGCCUUUGGAUUAUGGAAAGAAGGUCACAAGAUAGAAAAAUCCGAUUUAUAUACAGCCGUAGAAAAUGUUAGUUAUCGUUCUGAUCGAGAAUUACCCAAAGAAAUUGAAACAACAAUUACUCAUCAACAAGCUGUUCAAUUUGGUGAAGAUUUACGUGAAACUAGUGAACCGACAAAAAAGUAUCUGAUAUUUUCAGGUGAAAGACACGUGACACAUUAUGAGCCCGGUACACAACGUAAGAAUGAAGUCUUACACGAAGAAUCGGCAGAUAAAACGCAAAUAGUUAGCAGGAAAGAUGGAAGUCCGUAUAAUAUACGACAACACGAAAAUGUUUUCGAUGCAACGAAAAUCAAAGAAAUCGAAAUGGACCUUUACCACAAGAAAAAACAUUUCGAAACAAGCAACGAAUUAUCGUCUACUGUGAGUAUAAAAAAUACAAUGGCUACAAAACAUGAAGUAAAAGGCAUUCUUAAACCUGAAAUUAUCACAGACUAUCAUGAAAUGUCACAAAUUUCUGAACGAACAAAAGAAAAUAACAAACUUGAAGCACCUUUUUUCGAAAAACGAACAACUAUAAGACAAAAAUUUGGUUUCUUUACAAACAAAAUCAAAACUACUGAACGAAUAUUCGAAAAUAGCACGGCUGAAGUCUUAAAUCAACAUACUCAUACAACAUUAAGCGAUGCAGCAUAUAAUGGUUUGAGUUCACUUACAACAAAUAUACUUAAUUUCUAUUUUCAUCCUGAAGUUCGAACACCACGAAAUAUUCUAAAUACCGGUCGCGAUAUAUUAGUAGAAAGUGCAAAUGGAUGGGCUCAUUCAAACGUUACUGUAAAUCAAAAUUCUGUUGGCUCAUUACUCGUAGCUGCUGCAUUUAGAGUUGGAGGAACAACCAUUAGAACAUUAGCAUCUUCGAAUGGUGACAAUUUAAAUUUGAAAGAACUAUCCAAGAAUGUAUUAUUAGCAAGUGCACCUUCACUUGCAUCUAUGGCCACCAAUGCAAUUUCACGAGUUCCUACAUCAUUGAAACAUUAUACCGGUGUAAUAACAAAUCUAAUUAUUCGAAUAACACAACUUAUACAAGAUUAUCGAGAAGAACGCGUCAAUAGAUCAGAACUAUUUAUUGCAAUUCUUCAAGAAAUCUUAAUUGGGACAAUAAUUCAUAUUUUACAAGAGUUUGUGCCGGAAAUAUUGAAAUUUUUACCAUUUAAUUCAUUAGUGUUAUCUGUGCUUACGUGUAUAACGGUAGCUGCAAUUAUAUUUGGUAUUUCAAAAAUGCCAUCAUGGAUGAAGAACAAGUGGCGUGAUAGACAAAAUGAAAAAGAAUUUCGAAAUCUUUGCCAACUACUAAAUUUAACUCGAACUGCAACAAAUGCAGAGAUUAAUUCUCAAUAUCGACGACUCGCAUUAGCGGUUCAUCCAGAUAAAAUUAAUGAUGAUGGAACAAAAUUUAAGAAACUUACUAAAGAUGUUCAACGAUUUCAUGAACUCCGAUUACUAUAUGAUAUCUCUCAAGAUAAAACAGAAACACAAACAAUUAUCGAACGACUCAAAGAGAUUUUAAAAGAUUCUAUGGCAUUUUUUCGAUAUUUCACACAAAUAUCGACUACAUCGACCGAUUCUUCUACGUUGAUGUUAAUUUAA